AUGAACGCCCGAUCUUGGCUCCGCGAGGACGCAGAUAUCGUUGCUCAGAGGCUACAAUUAAUAAAGAAACACCCCAAGCGGUUAACUAGUUCCCCUAAGUCAUCACUACUUACUUCCCCAGCAGGUACAUGCUUGAAGAACUCCUCUGCCUCUGAGGCCAGCCACGAGGGGUCAACUUACAUUCUUUAUAGGCCGCAGGAGAGUAGUGCUGCAACUGAUCAGGUUAGCAUUAUAUACAAUAAUUGCAUGUGCUGGAAGGCAGUGAAGAAGGAGGGCACGCGGACAUUGGUGCUCCGCAAUCUUGCUCUUGAUGACACUGACAAUUUCUCGGCCACUAGACAUAGAGUGAGGCCCAGAUCAAGUAGUUCAUAUUCAGAUUUUCAGCAACCUAAUUACUCCAUCGCCAACUUACAACUAACUGUACAGGACUGCUCCGUCUCUGAUAAAGAAACAGAGUGCCUUUCAGGUCUGGACCGUGUGCAUGCAUCAGCCACGGCGGCAAGACACGCAAGACAUCUCGUUGCUUCCCUAAGCGGCUGA